AUGCAAGGCUUUGUCAUGGGGAAUAGCUGUUACAACAUGGUGGUAACUGUGCUGUUGGUGAUGGGCGCUGAAAAGGCAAGAGCCCUGCAGGAUCCCUGUGACAGGUGUGAAGCCGGUACCUUCUGCAAGAAAAACAAUCCGGUUUGUACCAGCUGUCCUCCAAGUACCUACUCCAGCACAGGUGGACAGCCAUACUGCAACAUCUGCAGAGUGUGUGAAGGUUAUUUCAGGUUCAAGAAGCCUUGCUCCCCGACCAGUGACGCGGAGUGUGAAUGCAUCCAGGGACGCCACUGCCUGGGACCAAAGUGUGCCUGGUGUGAAAAGGACUGCAAGCCAGGUCAAGAGUUAACGGAGCGGGGUUGUAAAAACUGCGGCUUUGGGACAUUUAAUGAUCAGAAUGGCAGUGGCACCUGUCGACCCUGGACAAACUGCUCUCUGGACGGAAAAGUUGAGCUUAAGAAGGGGACCUUGGAGAAGGAUGCGGUCUGUGGCCCCACUGCAGUCAGCCUCUCCCCAGGUACCCUCACCACCACCGAGCCUGCCCCGGUGAGAAAACCAGGUGAAGGAGGGCACCCCUUGCAGGUCCCUACCUUGUUCCUGGCGCUGACAUCGGCUGUGCUGCUGUUCCUGCUCUUCGUGAUCUUUGGGCAACUUGUGGUCAGAUGGGGCAGGAAGAGAUUCCCCUACAUGCUCAAGCAACCAUUUAAGAUGGCAGUUCGAACGGCUCAAGAGGAAGAUGCUUGCAGCUGCCGAUUUCCAGAGGAGGAAGAAGGAGGAAGCCAUGAGCUGUGAUGUGCCAGCCCAGGAAAUGGACAAGGCCCGACCACACUAUCCAUUCUCAAACACCAUCCUAGACAAUGUGUGGGCAAGCACCCC